UUGUUCAACCGGCUUCUUCCACCGGCUUCUCUGCUGCGCCUCCAUAGCCUGUAGAAAUACCGCUGUCGGGACGUUUACCAGCUCCAGACCCACCGCAGCCCGGGGCUGGGGAGUGGGGGCGCAGGAGGAGGGGCACACGGGGCUCGGGCCCAGCGUGGGGGGCGGGUCCGAGGCGGGGGGCCCAGAUUGGGAGCCGCCCGCUGGGGCCCAGGCAGCUGCAGAGCCAAGCGCAGCGGGAGGCAGGACCGCCACAGCCCGGCCAGCCAUGAGCUCGGGACCCGAGCCCCAGACAGCGCGGACACCCUUCAGCAUCGCAGACAUCCUAGGCCCGCGCAGGGUUCCCCGAGGACCGUCUGCGUCGCAGCUUCCAGACUUGAGCCCAGGUCCUACGUCGCCGCUGUGCGCGCUGGAGGAGCUGACUAGUAAAGCUUUUCGUGGACUUGACGGGCACGCCCUGCAGCCCUCUGAAGGCCGAGCGGCCCCGGGUGCUCUGGGCCCGGGUCCGGCCAGCCGCAGACGGCGAAAGUCACGCACGGCGUUCACGGCACAGCAGGUGCUAGAGCUGGAGCGGCGCUUCGUAUUCCAGAAGUACCUGGCGCCGUCCGAGCGCGACGGGCUGGCGGCGAGGCUCGGCCUGGCCAACGCGCAGGUAGUCACGUGGUUCCAGAACCGGCGCGCCAAACUCAAGCGCGACGUGGAGGAGAUGCGCGCCGACGUGGCCUCGCUGCGCGCGCUGUCCCCCGAAGGCCAGGGUCGCUUCGCGCUGCGGGACGGCGCCCCCGACCUUGGCCUCCGUCCGAGCUCGGGGCGGCCUGACUCCGGGCUCCACCUGUCAGACGAAGAGAUACAGGUGGACGAUUGA